AUGUCACCACAGCUGACACCAAAGCGCUCAUUUGGAAGACUUGGCAAGAAGAAUCAUUGUGAUAGAGCUGAUGGCGGCAAUCACAUUGAUUCAAAAAAGCUGUUUUGCAGCACUGGGAGUUCUAUCACCUUUUACGUUAAGCAGACUGUGCCAGAGCGAGCCAAGCUUAUCGAAGAUAUCGAGUCACACGGUGGAAAGGUGGUCGAAGAGUUUAACGAUGCACAAUUUGUACUUGCUGAUCCCAAUAAGACACAACGUUUUGUUAGUGGGUUACGACAAGUAUACUCUUACAAACUUGUGAUUGAUUCAAUCCAGACCAACCAAUUUCAACGAGCUGCAGAUUACAAGUUGCUCAUAACAGGCGAAAGGAAUGGACGUAGACCCUUUACACAACAGGAUGAUAGAUUUCUAGAGGAAUAUCUCAAGGGGAAAACGGUUGCAUUAAAAGGGAAUAAAAUAUAUCAAGAGCUGGAAAAGAUGAAUGAUAGACACACGUGGCAAUCUUGGCGUAAUCGGGCAGAACUAGUUAUCAUACCCAAUAUGGAGAUUCAGCGGAAACUCAAAAAGCAGAAUGAAGUUGAACCAUCAACGAACACAUCUACUGUCUCCGAGUGUAUUGAGAGUCCAUUUUUUACAGAUCUGGAUGAUCAGGCAACUGAGCAAGUAUUAAACAGCUUUCUGGAAAAAAUAAAGGAAAAUGAUAUUAUUAUUGACAUCUCAGACGAAGAAGACAAUAAUAUACCUGAAGUCGACAACGAGAAAAAUACUAAGAAAUCAAUUGAAGAUAGCUCUAACGUAGAGACAACUUUAAAUCGAGAGAAACCAGAAGGACGAAUAUCGAACGGGGAUACUGUUAGGACUCCGGUGAAAUUGCGUUCUAGAAUGACCCCCAUAAAAGAAACGGAGUAUGAAGAAGUAUUGGGUUCUUCUCUAUCUUCGUUAGGGAAAAGGAGUCAAGUUGAUAUGAAUGAUAUAUAUGAUUUAUCGGAAACACCACGGCGUAAGCCAUUUGCAAGUCUAAGUAGUCAAGGACCUUCAAUUGAAAAUGAUGUAAUUUCGUUGGAUUCGCCUGAGAUUACGUUGCCAGAAUCACCUAACAGUCUCGUCAAACAAAUUCAGGAACAGACUGAAGAAGAAACAGAGGUGGAAACCCCUUGUCCUGUUUCAUCAGUACGUCUUGGUAAAAGACGCCAGAUCCAAGGAGACGAAACCCCCACCAAUUCACAAUCAAAGCGUUUGAGGUUAUCAUCGUCUUCUGUGAGAUCACAAGUCCCUUCUCCGUUCAAAGCCUCCGGAUUUCCAAUCCAACCGACUAACGAAUGUGACGAGAAAGAUGAGAGAGAAUUUUUAGCAAAAGUUAAGGAGAUUUCAGAAAUUACCCAUCGUCCUUUGACGUCAGUAAUCCGGGCUUUAGGUGAGACUACUUGUAAUUUCGAAGUGGCCAAAGACUUCCUUAUCAACGGUAGAACAGCAAAUAAUUCAAGGUUCAUCUGGACAAGCGAAGAGGAUGCAAUUAUUACGUCGGGUUCGGAUAAGGAAAAGCUCAGAGAAAUUGUCAAUAAUCACGGGACUGAAGUGACAAAAGAUAGGAUGGACUUCCUUCAAACUUAUGUUACGCAUCACUAA